AUGAGUAAUAAGAAGAGAAGAAUGAGGAAUAAGAGACUGAGAAUGAGUAAUAAAAAGAGAAGAAUGAGGAAUAAGAGACUGAGAAUGAGAAAUAAGAAGAGAAGAAUGAGGAAUAAGAGACUGAGAAUGAGUAAUAAGAAGAGAAGAAUGAGGAAUAAGAGACUGAGAAUGAGUAAUAAGAGAAGAAUGAGGAAUAAGAGACUGAGAAUGAGUAAUAAGAAGAGAAAAAUGAGGAAUAAGAGACUGAGAAUGAGAAAUAAGAAGAGAAGAAUGAGGAAUAAGAGACUGAGAAUGAGAAAUAAGAAGAGAAGAAUGAGGAAUAAGAGACUGAGAAUGAGUAAUAAGAAGAGAAGAAUGAGGAAUAAGAGACUAAGUAUGAGUAAUAAGAAGAAGAAUGAGGGAAUAAGAGACUGA